AAACAGAAACUACUCCCUCUAUUGCUGAGAUGGGCAACCUUGUCGAACAACCGGACUUACCACAAGAACACCCUACCGUCGAGGUACAACAAAAUGUUUCUGUAGAAGAAAUACCCUCAUGUGCUCGAACCUCUCCUGCUCCUGAGACGGAUGCAGUGAAUGUUGAGGAACAGGGUGAAGGUCAAGGUAUUGGACCCAGCAGUCCUCAGGGAUCGAGUCAGAGAAGUUCAUCUGAAGAACACUUUUCCGAUGAAGAGGCCAUACAAGAGGCUGAAGCUGGAGGUUCAGACAUUUUCCCAGCGUCUUCGACAUCUAAGCUUUCCGCUAGCAUAGGGAUCGCAGAGGAUACAUUUCAUUCAAAUGCAAGACGAAGACCCUGCUACAGCCCUUCGACUCCUGCUGAACACCAGUCAAGCCAACACCUCAAGUGA